AUGUCGUGCGAGACCGAUAAGAUGGUCGACAGCGCACGAGAGAUACGCCGCGCCCGCCAUAAGGGCCUCCAGGAGUUGUUUGAGGCCGGCUUUGCCAUACAUCACGCGGGGAUGUUAAGGAUGGACAGGAAUCUGGUCGAGAAGCUGUUCCGCGCCGGCGUUAUACGCGUGUUGGUCUGCACGGCGACACUUGCCUGGGGUGUCAAUCUGCCCGCGCAUUCCGUACGGACACCUGUGGUGAUCAAAGGGACCGAAAUGUACGACUCAUCGCACGGCAACUUCGUGGACAUCUCGAUGCUGGACGUGAUGCAGAUCUUCGGCCGCGCCGGCCGUCCACAGUACGACACGGAAGGUCACGGCACGAUCAUCACCGCCCAUAACAAACUGCGCCACUACUUGUCGCUGUUGACCAAUCAGUUCCCGAUCGAGAGCCAGUUUAAGAAGUACUUGACCGACAAUAUGAACGCCGAGAUCGUGUCGGGAACCAUCACCACCAUUGAUGAGGCCAUCGAUUGGAUUCGCGACACCUAUCUCUACAUUCGGAUGCGAAAGAACCCCCAGUGCUAUGGCAUCGGUGAGGCCGACCUCCGCCACGACCGAGACCUGUAUGAGUACAGACGCCGUUUGGUCACUGAGUCGGCCGAAGACCUCGAUAGGGCCAAAAUGGUGCGCUUCUCGCCCGAGGCGGGCACUCUAGACCCGACCGAUUUGGGCCGUACGGCCAGCCAUUACUAUAUCAAAUACGACACGAUUAUGAAGUUUAACGAAUUGAUCAGCGAUAUGAUGGACGAGAGGGCCAUCUUUGCCAUGAUUGCCACCGCUCAGGAGUUCGACCAAUUGAAGUCACGUGAGGACGAGUUUGAAGAGCUGGAGGACCUGUUGCGGCACGAGUGCCAACUGGGCGUUCCUGGCGGUGUGGAGAACAAGAACGGCAAAGUGAAUAUUCUAAUGCAAUCACAACUAUCACGGGCUAAGAUCGACAGCUUCUCACUCGUGUCCGACACCAUGUUUGUGAUGCAGAACGUGAACCGUAUAGCCAGAGGUUUGUUCGACUACGUGGUGAAAAAGGGUUGGGCGCUAUUGGCUGAGCACUUGUUGCGGCUGUCGCUGAUGUUUGAGCGCCGCCAAUGGGCUUACGAGACACCGUUGCGACAGUUUGGCAACGAGAUCAGCUUCGAGGUCAUGUCUAAAAUUGAGCGCCUGAAGCCCCCGCUGACCAUCGCUCUCAUCAAAGAGAUGACGGCCGACGACUUGGGCCGACUCGUGCGCCACACGUCGUACGGCUCGAUACUGAAGCGAUUGGCCGACACAUUGCCGUCGGUGGCGGUCGAGGCGUGCAUUAAGCCCAUCACCCGUACGGUACUGAUGGUGGAGGCGAUGAUUAAGCCAACGUUCCGCUGGGAUGACCGACAUCACGGCAAAUACAUCAUUCACUGCGGGUUUGACCGAUGGUUGGGCUGCGAACUCAAUGUGUCGCUUCCGUGUCGGCAACUGAUUUUGCCCGAAAAGUUUGUCCCAUACACGCGACUCUUGGAUUUGGAUCCGUUGCCGGUGACAGCGCUCAACAAUCCGCUAUACGAGUCCAUCUAU